CUUGUUGUUCUGUAGUAAACAUCACGAAAAGUUAAAAUCGCGUAACUUUGAUUGUAUUGACCUACAAGCAUGUCUAGACGGUUUCAGUCAAUAAUUACUAGAUAUGUGAUUUAGAUGAGUAAUCUAGAGGCUAGCCGGAUUUUGGCGUCAGCUCUUAAAGAUGUUGAUGAGAUUCUGAAAGUGAAUCAAUAUGAAACAGAUGAUUAUGACGCUGAGAUCAGUAAUGACAAUCGAGAUAUAUUACCGAAAAUCUCAAUUCAGAAUACCGAAGCAAAGUCUCGUAAUGAAACUCUGAACGACAGCAGAAACGCAUUUGAUGAGGCAUAUCUUUACAGGGCUGGGAAAGACUUUUCCGUUCUAAUUAAUAGACUUCAAAUAUGCAUCAAUAAACUGAAUCAGUCAAAACCCACACCUUCAAUCCACGCAUCAGAAUAUCAAGCUCUAAAUUUUGGAAUCAUUGAGAACAGUUCAUUUGAUAUUGCUCAUCGCGUAACCACACAACCUACUAAAUUCAACUUGAAUUUAAGUGAACAAUCUAAACAAAUGCAGUCUCAAUACGUGUUUCCCCCGGAUGAAUUUAGUACAUGCCUCAACGAUAAACGCUUUCAUCAACGAAUCACUAAAUUACGAGGACAAAUACAAGCACAAGCUAAUCGUAUUGCAGAAUUAGAGAAAGAUGGAAAUCCAUUAUCUUAUUUGGUCAAUAAAAACUGUACAACCGAUCAUCGUAAUAAAAAUAUUAGUCAACUACCAACUGAUGUGGAUAAUCUUCAAUUAUUAAAUGAAGUUUCAAAACAACAUUUACGUAUUAAUGCGCUGGAAGAGACUAAUCGAGAUUUAGAAGAGAAAAUUAACAAAUUAGAGAAAGAAUUAUCACAACGUCCAGGUUUAUUUAAUCUGAGGAAUUCAUAUGAAGAUUUGCAAAGUUUAAAAUAUAACAGACAAUGUGCAACAAUACAUCCGACUGUAUCUAAUCGAUCAGCUACAUUAUCAAAUAAUAUAAGUACAUUAAAUGAAUCAUCAAGAGAAUCAAAUAGGUUGAAUUAUCAAACUUUAUUCCGGCGUUCUAUCACUCCAGUUACAUUUAAUAAUAGUUGUUCAUUUAUCACUACAUCUAAUCAGCCUGAGUAUAAUUUGAAUUUUAUUCAUCAAUCACUAACUGGUACUCAGUCGACCCCACCAACAUCACGUUUAAUUUAUGAUAAACCAUACAGAUAUGAUGCUUAUAUACCAUGCGAACAAAUAAAUCAUAAUAAACUCUCAUCGCCUGGUGAAAAUUACGCCUACUUAAGUGCUGAUCAAUUUAAAUCUGCUAGUCUUAAUGAAUUAUGCUAUUCAAGAGUUACGCAACCUGUUACUACAACUACUAAUAUCAGUACUACUACUAGUAGUAAUAACAUCGUCAAUCCAAAUGCUAGUAGACGUUGGUUAGCACAAAAACGAUAUAGUAUGAAAUCUCCACCAGCUGAUAUUUUCAAUGGUGGCAUACAAGAUUCAGAUAGAAUAAAUCUACUUCCACCACAGUAUGGUAGUAGUUAUCAUCAACAUAUUUACAAUAAUUCACGUACACGAUCACCCACACAACUUCAAUGGUAUCAGUACACAAGAAAUAAUUUUAAUGAUGGUAGACAAACAUCAGCAGAUUGUGAAUUAAAUGGAAGUGUUAAUUUAUUCAAUUCAUCACGUGAAUGUGAUUCACCAUCUUCAGGAAGAUGUACAACUGUACAUGAUACCCAUUUGUAUACAUCAAGAAAUAAAUCAAAUUUAUCUAAUACCUCCUCUUCUCCUUCUGAGCAACAACAUCAUAUCGAGACGAUAAACAAUUCAACAAAUAUUUUAAAAGAUGAAAAAAGUUCAUCACUUCCAAAAUCUACCCUUAAUGGAAAGAAUCAAUCAAAGAGAUUGAAUAUUGAACGAGCCUUUCAUUGGCUUUCACAAGGUCAAAUGAAUAACUUCAUAUCAAAUGGUUUGAAUAAAUCGAAUUCCAUGCACCAUCAUCAAUGUAAACCAAAAAACAGUUUAAUCAAUUCUGCAUUAUAUAUAAGGUCUAAAAGUAUGGAACGUUAUUAUGGUGGUGGUUCACUGAACAGAUCACGUAGAAAAACACAAGAAACUACUCUUCCUUCUAUGAGCAACAGUAAUAAUAGUCAUGUUGAUGAUGUUUCUGCUAAUCCUGUCUACAAUUCUUCACCACCUUCAGUUCUACAUACCAAUUCAAUUUGCAAUAAUAAAUCACAACAGAGCUAUCAGGGAAGUGCCCUUGAAUCCAAUCAAAAUGGUCCAUUGAAUAAAAGUAUGUCUGUACUAAGUAGUAAUAAAUCGUGUAAUAAUCAUGUGAAAAAUGGACCUCAUUCAUUUGAUAGUUAUAAAAGCAAUCAAUCUAUUUCAUCUUCUGUACGUCAUGAAUCGAAUGAGUUUACGUCUUCAUAUAUGGACAACGUUAACAAAUCCCCUUCAUCUCAUAAUGGUCUUAAUUCAUCCAGUGAACAACGUCAAUCAUUUCAAUUCGCCUAUACUAAGCGAAAUUUUACCACUUGGGAUAAAAAUAUGAUUUCAGCAUGGUUAUAUAAAAUUGGUUUAGGUUAUACAGUAUCACAUACACGAAGAUGGUUAACUUCUGGUCAAGAUUUAAUAAAUGAAUCUAAAAAAUCACUUGCACAAUUAAUGUGUAUACGUAACCCGUUACAUUUGAAGAAAUUGUUAAUCCAUAUACGUUUAUGUAUGAAAGACCAGUAUCCUAAUAAUAGUAAUAAUAUUAAUAAUAAUUACAAUUAUGGGUGUUUAUAUAGAAAUAUAGAACCACCUGAAAAUUUCGACAUACCGGGUUGGUUACAUGAUGUGGGUUUAUCAUCUUAUAUUCCACAAUUCGAUAAUUGCAUCAUUGACCCUUAUGUGCUAGAUCAACUUACUAUGGAUGAUUUAUCUGUGUUGAAAAUGUCUAGUGAAUUACAUAUGUUAAGUUUACGAUGGGGAUUACAAAUGUUAAGACAUAUUAAUUUUGAUAGAAAUCGUUUAUGCCGAAGUCAGAUGGAACAAUGUGAAGCAAAUUUACCUUGUAAAAGAAACAUGUUACAUUCUCCCAUCCAAUCGUUAAAUCAUAUUCAAGAUAAUAUCAAACCUAAUAAUGGACAUAAUGGAAAUCAUGUGCAUACGUCUUGCUUGAAUACUAUUUCUACUUUACAACCAGAUUCCAUGAAUUCUGAUAUUAAUUUUAUUUGUUCAACAUAUUUACCAAUACAAAUUUGUUAUUGGACUCAACAACGAGUAAUGAAUUGGUUACAAAGUAUCGAAUUACCUGAAUAUGCUAGUGAAUUAUGCGGAAAUGGUGUACAUGGUGCUUUAAUGAUUCUAGAAGAUCGUUUUACACCAGAUCUUUUAGCUGAUAUUUUGCGAAUUCCUCCAGUGAAAUCACUUGUUAGACGACAUUUAACAAAUAAAUUUAUUGAACUUGUUGGGUUAGAUAUAUGGAAGCGCAAACAACAUAACGAAACCACUAAUAAUAAUAAUCCACUGACAAUACAUUCUAAAAUCAAAUUUACGAAAAAGAAAAAUAUUUUCAAUUCUAACCGUGGACACAAGUCCAACCAUCACAAUCAUGUUAGUGGUGUUGGUGAUGAUGAUGCAAGUACUGAGCUUGUUUGUCCUAUUGAAAUCGAUGCCAGUCAUACAAGUAUCUUUGCCGAAGAAAUAGUCAAACCUAAUCGUCAAAGCAUACAUCUGCAAGCAGAAAAUGUUCCAACAAUACUCAUCGAUCCGGUUGCUGCAAAAGUGCAGCACCUAGAACUUCAAGAAACUGACCUGUGAAUCAAACAAAUAAAUAAACGAUUCUGGAUAUAAAAUAUGAUAAUUUACUACCCAAUAUAUUACCAUAUUGUUAUUAUACUACUGAAUAAUGUUUUCUGAUUAAAUCCAUGUAUAAACAACUCAAUAACUCUUUGUAUACAAUAUUUUAAUGAUUUCUUCCAUCAAUCUCUCCAUUGUUAUCACCUUUUGCCCCCCCCCCACUUUAUUGUUCAUUACUUCUUAGAUUUGUAUCCACUACCAAUUAUAUAUAUAUAUAUAUAUAUAUAUAUAUAUAUAUAUAUAUAUAUACUCACAAGUAUGAAUUCUUGACAAAUGUUUCAUAGUAUACCAUUGAUGUAAAAUUCCAUUUCAUUAUUCAAUGAACAAAAAUAACCAAUACAAGAUAUCAGAAAAUACAAUUCAACACAACUCCCAUUCACCUCACGUCCACAGAUAUACACAAACAUGAUAAUGUAUAGCUUAAUUUUACUGAUUCAACUAUUUUCUAUGUAUGACUAUGGUCUCUAUCAUAUGAUUACUGCUCAACUCCACAUAGCAAUCUUUAAAACCAACAACAAUGAAAUCUUGUUCAGUUGUCAUCUUAACAUUCUUAACAGAUAACUUAUCAUUGUCUCUGUCAAUAUUAUUACUGCUAUGAUUAUUUAUUCACCUACAUCUUGAUCAUGUUUUGUUUUGUUAAAAAAACAAAUUGCUUUUUCUCCUGUGAUUUUGCUUUUCUUUACAUUGUCAAUUAGUUUAUAAUGCUUCUUCUCUGUUUUAUUUGUGAAGGACCAAGUGUGUAAAUGUAUGUAUUGACCAUAAUGGAAUUUGUCAUUAUAUUAUACUAUAAUGAUUGAUAUAAUUACUAUGAAGUGAACUAAUUGUGCUGACCAAUCAAAAUAAUAAAAUUGAUUUUUUUUUUAG